AUGGUAGCGUAUAAUUCGAUUGUGUCUGCUAUUGAACGUCGAGACAAUGCCAUAUUUUUUGUGGAUGGUCCUGGAGGGACGGGAAAGACAUACUUAUAUUGUGCUUUGCUAGCAACGUUAAGGAGCAAAGGUCAUAUUAUUCUGGCAACAGCAACAUCUGGAAUUGCAGCAACCAUAUUGCCAGGCGGAAGGACAGCACACUCUAGAUUUAAAAUUCCCCUCAGUCCAGAUGCAUCUUCCACGUGUUCUAUUAGUAUCCAGUCAGAUUUGGCAGAAUUGAUAAGAAAAACAUCAGCUGUUGUUUGGGAUGAAGCACCAAUGGCACACAGGUUUGCAUUUGAGACACUCGAUCGAACGUUCAAAGAUAUAAUAGGUGUUGACCUGCCAUUUGGAGGAAAGGUCAUGAUUUUUGGAGGAGAUUUUCGACAAGUUCUUCCAGUUGUUCCAAACGGUACAAGGUCUGAAUUGAUGCAAGCAAGUAUGAUUAAUGCUUCAUUUUGGGGACAUGUGAAAAUCAUUCGUCUUAGGCACAACAUGAGAUCCAUCAAUGAUCAAGAUUUUUCAGAGUUCUUACUUCAUGUCGGCAAUGGGGAACAAGAAACUAUGAUAGACGACAUGAUGCAAUUACCAUCAUCUAUGGUCAUUCCAUGGAAUGGUGAAGAAUCCAUUGUCCAAUUUGUUAAUGAAGUUUUCCCUGAUUUGGAAUGUCAUGUAUGUGAUUCAAGAUACUUGGUGGAAAGGGCAAUUAUAACUCCAAAAAAUGAGGAUGCUGACAAGCUUAAUAAAAUGAUCAUCGAUAAAUUUCCAGGGACUGAACAUAUCUUAUACUCUUUCGAUUCAGUUGAGGACGAUGUGAGAAAUUUGUAUCAACAAGAGUUCUUGAAUUCAAUCUCACCUGGUGGAAUGCCCCCUCAUCAGUUAACUUUGAAAAAAGGUGCCCCAAUAAUGCUUUUGAGAAAUAUCGAUCCGAAGAUGGGGUUGUGCAAUGGUACAAGACUGGCUUGCCAUGGAGCUUACAAUAAUCUAAUUGAUGCCGAAAUCUUAUCUGUACAAUUUGCUGGAACUAGAGUAUUUUUACCAAGAAUCUCUUUAAAGACCACAGAAAGCGCAGGACUCCCAUUUGAAAUGAUGAGAAAACAGUUUCCAGUGAAAUUGAGUUUUGCACUAACCAUAAAUAAAUCACAAGGGCAGACAAUACCAAAUGUGGGUAUUUAUCUACCAGAUCACGUAUUCAGUCAUGGACAAUUGUACGUGGCUUUAUCAAGAGGAGUAUCAGCGUCUACAACAAAAGUCUUGGUAAAGAAAGGAGAAUUACACGGUCAUGAAGGAGUCUUCACAAAGAAUGUUGUGUACAAAGAUAUUUUGCUUCCCUCGAAUUCAACAUAA